UUUAAUCACAACAUCAAAUUUUUAUGAUCCUAUCCAUUUCUUACUAUCAUGGUUUUACAAGAUGAAGAUUACGUAAAUUUUCGACCCGGUGGGACACAUGUAAAGAAAACAAUUGAACCGGAACACGCAGAGAAAGAUCAGCAAGAAAAUAAAAAGUAUGGAAAAUGGAGUACCGUUCGUAAACUUGUGACCGGUGCAAGUCAACAUAUAAAUACUUCACAAAUGUUGAGGUUAUCUAGCAUUUUCUCUGUCUUAGCUCAACAUCAUAAAAGUGUUAUUACAGCUGGUGAUAUACUGCUCGUUAUGAGAGCAUUAGGCGAUGCAUUAACAGAAGCUGAAUUACAAGAUUUGAUCUUUGAGUUAGAUGUUGAUCGAGACGGAAAAUUAGAUUUUUCAGAAUUAUGCGCUUUUGUUGUUGAACGAAUAUACAAGAAGAAAUUAGAUCAUGAUUUUGAAGAGUUAUUUCAAUUACUAGAUCAAGAUGUUCUCACAGAGACUUCUUACGGAACUGUGUUCAAUACCAGUGGAUGCACACUCAAAGAAAGUGAGUAUGGAUAUCUGAUCAUGCUUUCAGAUAUUUCGAGAAAUAACCUUAAUUUCGUUUGUGCUGAGUCUCGCUUUUUUCUUAUAAAAGGAAAAAUGAUGUUCAUAAGCAAUUAUGUGAAUAGAUGAUGGUCGAUUCACCGUUGUUUAAACAUUUACCCAUCCUCAAAACAAAUUCAUGAAUAAUUCAUUUUGAUUUCAUAAAAAAACAUUUACAUUUUCUCUGAAAAAGUACCAAGUCAUGUUACUUUACUAAAUAGUUAUGACUUUUAUUGGUAGGUAAAUACAUUUUAUUUGCAACGGUUUCAAAGUAUUGAGAUGGUGGUUAAGGUUUGUAGCUCAAGCAGAUGGUUUCGUUGGAGUUUCGUUCUACAAGCUUGACGGUUUCGUGAAAGUUUCACUGUUCUUUUGAACAUCAUUAGCACAAACUUCAGGUAUAUUUAAGUAACAAGAACUGCCAUGAAUUGUAAAUAUGAAUGAUAUCAUUCACACGGAGCUAUUAAAAUACUACUUCAGUCAUUGUUUUAGUAAAAACAGACUUUCAUUUGAGUUUCGAAAUUAACAGAAAAUACUAUGAAAUUUGUUCAUCGCCGAUAAACAACUUAAUAUUUCUUUACCAGGGUUUAUAACUUGAUAGUUUGUUAACUAAGCGUGGUUACACAAUCGAAACACAGUAAUUAUUUCUUCUUAAUGUAAGAUAAAACUGGUAUAUACAUACCACGUAGAAUAGUGAUAUAUCUGAUAUCAAAGAGCUGAUAAUAUAACAACCAGUCAUUUGAAAACCUUAUGUAAAUAACGGCUGAAAAGUUUUACGUUAGUCUAAAUACAAAUAAUCUAUCUGGAUUACUGAGAGUUUGUAUACAACAACAACAUCUGGACCAGUAUUCAGUUCAUCCUAAACUAAAGUUGUCUAAUACUCAUGAUAGUGUGUUAUUGUAUACUUUAUCGCGAUAACUAUGUUGCUAGUACGAAACCGGGCACAAUAUAUGCAUUAAUUCAACUUUAGUCCUCACCCCUACAACAGCAAUCUCCGAAUCAAUGCUAAUGUGAACAAUCUUAGUAGAAAAUAUUUAUGAUUGAUUAAUUUAAUCUCAAAACAACCUUCUAAAUAUUGUACAUUUCAGCUUAGAAUAACAUUUCAUUCAUCGGUGUAAAAGUAGAACAUAAUCAAUUAUGUUACAUCUUAAAGGUGAUUAAUCCUAUGAUCUCUUUUACAAUCACAAGAAUAAGAUCGAUGUUAUGAUCUAAGAAAGCAUUUUAAUGAGAAUUAAAGUAAAAUAUUGUUUUGUAAAUUUUCAUUGAUUUAUACGGUUGUUAUUUUAUUACUUAAAAUAAAUGCAUGAACUGCAUAUCAUGGUAGGUAACAAUGUAUUUCACGGUAAGAGUUUAACUUGGGACUUGUUAAACAAAUAAUUAUCCCAUUUAAUGAUAAUCAAACUUCUCACUGAUACGAGGGGUAAUGAACGUCGAUUACACAGUUGAAAAACGAUGCAAUUGAAAUAGUUUUCUCUACGUCGGUACACAUACAACACAAUGAAUAGAUGACUACCGACCAUUGUAUAAUGAAUGGUAGCAUUUGUAGGCCUUACGUCAAACAUUUGUGUAAAACAUUGUCCUUGUUUAUUAGUGUACAACGUAUAUUAUUAAAUAGUUAUUUCUCCGUUAUUUUAGGUGAUGGAGCACUGUCAAAAGAUGAUUUACGCAAUAUUUUACGUUAUUUUGAAUUGGACUUCAGCGAUGAAAUAAUUGAUGGCAUUGUGAAAGAAAUUACUGGAUUUGUUAAAGUUUAUCAUAGAUUCAGGCAAGGAUUUUACUAUUACUGAAAUCUUGAACAAUCCUUUAUAAUAUAUGAAGAGCUAAUUAAACUCCAACCUCGUCAAGAAUCCUUAUGUAUUUAACGUAAUAGAUCGUACUCAAAUAAUGCCUUUAACAAAUGAUGAAUUGUGUUAGAUUUUUAUUUGUUACAUAAUCUUGUUUCUCAGUUUUAGUAACAAGUAGAUUGAUUUAAAUGCUUUUCUCAGUAAUAAUAAUUGUUUCAAAAGGACAAAACUUACAU